AUGGCAUCAAGAGAAUCAGGUCCUCAAUACAAGCUCCAGAUUACAGCUGGUCCGACAUACGACACAUCAACACAUACCAUCGUUCAUGUGAAUACAGAUUCCAACCUAUGCAUUGAAACCGAGCAUGCAAAAGUGAACCUUUGUCUUCGUAUACAAGACUACAAUGGUCUUCCGGAUUCCUCGCCACGAACACACGCACACUUCUCGCACCCAACCCGCAUAAACGACCAGUACUCUCUUGCCAUUUCAUUCGUACCGAAAAAGGGCAUAGCCGGAAACGACCUAGUACUCGGGAAUGACCUUGACCGGCCUAUUCGGGACAGGCUUCCGCCAGGAUCAAGCUAUGCAUUUAAAUUUAUCAAGUGGUGGGUUGACCCGGGGUUAGAAGGGGAUAUAUACGCGGACCAACCUUACAUUUACGGGCCAUGUCUGUCAAGUUGGAACUAUUUCCGGGUCUGCGGUAAAGAGGAUGAAACAGAGAACUCGGACAUGGAGAUACAUGAAGCUGUUGUUGAGGAAGGGGGUGAAGGCAGCGGGCAGGCAGUUCGAGAGGAGCUGCAGAUACCCGAAGACAACGGGCUGAGGCAGAAGUUCUUCCUAGACGAGCAGAAGAGGAAAGUCUUCGAGUUUGAGCCAGGAAGGGUGUAUAAAGCGGAUUUUGGAAAUCCUUACAUUGGAUUCAGCGGUAUGAUAUCGUCCUUCCCCUUCCUCCUUGAGCGUCCGUCGUAUGUCAAAUCUAACUGGGAGGCAGAUUUUACGAUCCGUAUCCCUGGCUUCCCUGUGCCUGUUACUAAAUAUAUCGACGAAAAGAACCAUGAGCUGCGGUAUAUACUGAAGAACAAGUCCAAUGGGGAUAUCUACUUUGUGGUGUUGUUUACGCUUUUGAUGCAGAAAGAGGCUCAAGCAGAACCAGGAGCAGAACCACCAAAGGAUGAAAGUGCAUCAGGAGAGGCAGAGGUCGACUAG